UAAUAAUACAAAGAUUCCACAUCAUCUUUUGCUAUAAUCACUAAACAGAUACACAGAAAGAAAGAAAAACAUAUAGAUAAAUUGAUAGUAGUAAAGUAGGUAACCGGUUUUUUGUGUACAAAUCGAAAUUCACCCGAUCAUCAUCAUCAUCACCGCUUCUAUUCCAUUCCAUUCCAAUCCAAUCCAAAUUCCAUUAUUAUUAUUAUUAUUUUUAAUUAUUAUUAUUAUUCACACACUCAUUUCCUUUAUUAAUCACAUCAAAACAUGAAUCACAACUCAGGGAGUGCCGAAGACAUGGUUCCUCCAGUUGAAGGCGUUGCUGGGGGUGGGACGGCUUAUGGAUGGGGUGAUGGUGGUAGCUUACAAGAUCCAACUCUAUUGAGAGGGACAAUCGAUCCUACUAGAAUUCCAUCUUCCGAACUAGUACAUGUAUGGUGCAUGCCUAGUACUGCAAAUGUAGGAUCUCAAGAAAUGCCUCGACCUUUGGAGCCUGUAUCUCUUUUAGCUGCGAGAAACGAGAGAGAAAGCAUUCAAAUUGCUUUACGUCCUAAAGUUUCUUGGAGUGAAUCCAGUAAUGCCGGGGUUGUACAAAUUCAAUGUACCGAUCUCUGUUCAACUUCUGGUGACAGGUUAGUCGUUGGCCAGUCAAUUACCAUGCGGCGUGUGGUUCCUAUUUUGGGUGUUCCAGAUGCACUUGUACCACUUGAUAUGCCAGUUUCACAGAUAAACCUACUUCCAGGAGAGUCUACUGCCAUUUGGGUUUCUAUUGAUGUUCCAAGUACACAACCCCCGGGGCAAUAUGAUGGAGAAUUUAUUGUGACUGCUACCAAAACAGAUGCAGAAUCCGCGGCACAAUUUCUUAGUAAAUCUGAGAAAUAUCAAGUGUACAGGGAACUCAGAAAUUGUCUUGAUGUCAUUGAGCCAGUUGAUGGGAAACCAGUCGAAGAAGUGGUAGAAAGAGUGAGAUCUGCAACUACGACUUUAAGAAGAGUUCUUCUUUCUCCUUCUUUUUCGGAUUUCUUUUCAGAAAAUGGCCCAUUAGAUAUGAUGGACGAAGAUGCAAACCUUUCAAUACGGUUGAAGCUAAGCUUGACUGUCUGGGACUUUGUACUUCCAGAAACACCGUCACUUCCUGCCGUCAUUGGCAUAUCGGAUACUGUGAUUGAAGACCGUUUUGGUGUUGAACAUGGGAGCCCCGAAUGGUAUGAUGCUCUGGAACAGCAUUUUAAGUGGCUGCUUAAGUAUAAAAUCAGUCCUUACUUCUGCAAAUGGGGUAACAGCAUGCGUGUUUUGACCUAUACCUCUCCAUGGCCUGCUGAUCAUCCAAAAUCAGACGAAUUUUUCUCACACCCUCGCCUUGCAGCUUAUGCUGUGCCAUAUAGCCCUGUAGUCUCACGUGGUGAUUUAGCAAAGGACUACCUACAAAAGGAAGUUGAGAUCUUAAGAUCAAAAAGUCAUUGGAAGAAAGCCUACUUUUACCUGUGGGACGAGCCACUAAAUCUACAACAGUAUGAUGCUAUUCGCCACCAAGCUAGUGAAAUUCAUGCCUAUGCACCCGAUGCCCGUGUAUUGACAACAUACUACUCCGGUCCGAGUGAUGCACCUCUUGCUCCAAAUAAUUUUGAAGCUUUUCUGAAAGUACCGGGUUUUUUACGCCCUCAUACACAAAUAUACUGUACAAGUGAAUGGGUGAUCGGUAAUCGGGAGGACCUGGUGAAAGAUAUAGUUGCAGAGAUAAGAACAGAAAAUGAUGAGGAAUGGUGGACAUAUGUGUGCAUGGGACCAUCUGAUCCCCAUCCUAACUGGCACCUGGGUAUGAGGGGUACUCAGCACCGUGCAGUGAUGUGGCGUGUAUGGAAAGAAGGUGGAACUGGUUUUCUGUAUUGGGGUGCCAACUGCUACGAGAAGGCGACUGUUGCCAGUGCCGAGAUCAAGUUCAGGCGUGGGCUACCUCCGGGUGAUGGGGUAUUGUUCUACCCUGGUGAGGUGUUCUCAUCCUCACAUGAACCGGUGGCUUCUCUUAGGCUAGAGCGGCUUUUAAGUGGUUUGCAGGACAUCGAGUACCUGAAGCUCUAUAGCUCAAGAUUCGGCCGUGAUGAAGGGCUUUCCAUUCUAGAAAAAACAGGCAUGUAUCUAGGCCCAGAGCGUUACACUCUCGACCACAACCCAAUUGAUAUGAUGCGGGGGGAGAUUUUCAGAACAUGUCGUUCGUAGAGGUAGUAUUUUGGUGUACUGAUAUACUGUAGUCAUAUGAAUGUUGGAAAUCUAAAUUACAGCAUAGGUUAGGUAGUGGUCAUGUUUUUGCUUCAAGUAUGACUUCAAGUGAUGACCCUGAGGGUUUUCCAUCCUUUUGUUUAUUUAUCUGUAUGUAGUGGUUGUGCAUAGAGCACAUGAGCUCAUAAAAUAACACCAGCUCCCCAUAGUUCAGUGGUAUACUAUAUCUUAUACUGUUCUGUUA